AUGUUAGCGCUGCCCACACGACGUCAGCAUCUGCCAACCAUACCGUCACCACCCUACGCCUACGCCCACGCCCACGCCCAUCAACAGGCCGCCCAGCAACCCCUCGCCGCCACGCCCCUCUUCGACACCAAGCUCCUCAACGACUACCUCGAGUCGCAGCAGCAGUCGUACGCCACCGCCUGCUUCGACCCUGUGCCAGCCUCGUACAUGACGGGCGCAUACACGGCCAGCUUUGCGAACCCGGCCAUCCGCAUCCAGCAGUCGACGCCCACGCCGCAGCCCUCGCAGCCCUUUGCGCAGCCGUCGAUGCUGUCUGCCACCAACGCCAGCACCGGCCUCGAGUCGUGGAACGGCUAUGGUAGCCUGCAGGCCCAGUCGCUCCACACUCCCUCGCAGCGCCAGAACCGCGGCCACCAGCGCGCAUCGUCGGCAUCCUCAAUAGGCUCCAGUGCCUCGCAGUACCAGCCGGUCAACCCCUCGGCCGCCUACCAGCCGUUCCAGAACCAUCUACCAACACCCACACAUACACCAACCCAGGACUCCUUCAUGGCCGGCAGCAACUUCAACAGCUACUCGCACAACACGGUCAACAUGGACCACACCAUGUCGGCGCACAUGUCGAUGAAGCAAGCGCUCAUGGACCAGAGCGGCGACGACGUGCCCGACUUUGCCCACUCUGCAGGCCAGUCCGUGUCCAGCUACGGCCACGACUCUCCCGCCACGCCACACACGGCGCAAGAAGACGCGGAGCUCAAGAUGCCCGCAAAUGGUGAGCCACUCAGCCGGAUAGACGCCUGGCUCUUCGACGAGUUCUGUACUUACAACGACGCAGACAUGCGCCCUGUUCCCAAGUUUGAGAGGACAUAUACCGACAUUGCUGCCGACACGGGCUUCUACGAGCCCAGCGCCGCCAGCACCUCAGUGCCGCAGUCGAAGCCGGCACAGCCAUCGCUGCUGUCGCCCUACCGCAGCAACACCAACGAGAAUGUGCAGCGUGCACUGCAAGCCGCACAGUUUGCACGCUCGCAGUCGCCAAGCAGCACUGCCUCGCGAAGUGACUCACCGUUCCGUCGUGGCUCGCCCUACCGCCAGCCCAGUCACACAUUCGCCUCGCCCAUGGCCACGGCGAUGGCGGCGCGUGAGCAGAACCGCCAGGCUGACGCGGCGUACGCCAUGAAGUCGCAGAUGGCGGCGGGCGAGGACGCUGAGCCCAAGACCAUCUCGCCCAAGGACGCUCUCCUCGACUACCGGGAGGCGGACGAAGAGUCCAAGGUGCCACUGUUCCCGGACAACGGCGCCAGCGACUACGACGGCCAGUACAGGAGCGCGGCGCAGUCGAGCUUUGGCACGCCGUCGUCGCAGGCCUAUCGCCGCGACAGCUGGAACACUUCGCAGUUUUCGCCCAACUUUUCGACGUCGACUGCGUCGUCGCUGCAGCCUUCAGGGGCCUUCAACUUUGCCACGCCGUCGCUGCAAGGCAACAUGCAGGGCCUUGCGCUCAAUCCAACGUCGCAGUACCGCACGACAGCCAGCGCCAUGUCGUCGGCGAUGGAGCAGACACCCGAAUUCCCGGCUCACCUGACAUCGAUGGAUUCGAGCGCAAGCGAAGCGGAGCCGCCGAGCGGCAGCCAAAACAGCGUGCUGUCGGAUCGGUACAUGGGCAAGCCCGCGUCGACGGCGGCCGAGUCGGGGACAUACUCAUGCACGUAUCAUGGCUGCUCGCAGCGAUUCGAGACUCCGCAGAAGCUGCAAAAGCACAAGCGCGAGGGCCAUCGCAGCGCCAAUCUGAGCAGCGCCAUGACGUCAGCGGCUAUUCUGGAACGCAACUCGCAGGCGGGCCCCCACAAGUGUGAGCGCAUCAACCCAACGACGGGCAAGCCGUGCAACACGGUCUUUUCGCGUCCCUACGACCUGACACGCCACGAGGACACGAUCCACAACGCCCGCAAGCAAAAAGUGCGCUGUGCCCUGUGCGUCGAGGAGAAGACGUUCUCACGCAACGAUGCGCUGACGCGCCAUAUGCGCGUCGUGCAUCCCGAGGUCGACUUUCCCGGCAAGCAUCGCAGGCGCGGCGGCAACCAUGACUGA